AUGCAAGAGUUAUCGUGUCUAUUGGAGUCACGCGGGAUACAUUUUCAUCCUGUCGAACAGAGGAUCCCGUGCUUUCCUCACAUCAUCAACAUCUGUGUGAGGCAUGUUCUCAAUGACUACUGGAAAGCCGACUUUUCAGGUGUGGUUGACAGAUGGGUAGUUGAGGGUAAGACCAUUGACAAAGAUACGUAUGUUGAAGCCAUCCAAGGCAAAGCCCUGGAUUGGGCGAGGCUCCUCAUACACACCAUCCGCACAUCAGACAAACAACAUAAUAGUUUUAGUGUAAUCAUUACCACAGGAAACGAUGAGAAGUGGUUCCAAGACAACUCAGGUGCAAUCAUCCAACUCCCUGUCGUGCAACUGCUACAUGACGAGCCCACAAAUUGGGAUUCAACCUAUGUCAUGCUGAACUGUUUAUGA